CGGAGCAUCGGGCAGACUAUGUAGUCGCUAUAGGCCUCAGGGAGCGGCAAGCCAAGAAGAAAUUUGCGAAUCGCGCGAGAUGUUUUAAGAUACAGGUGUGCGAUGCAUCAUGCCUCCGCUUCCUUCGAUCAUGAUCUGGACCAUUCUAGCACCACUGCUGACCUUUGACCACGUUCGAAGCAAACGGCUCAACACGUUCGCUGGUCCGUUUAUCGCUUACGCCCAUGCGUGGGACCUCUGUCCAUCCGACGGUUCCAUAGAAAUGACUUUGCGAUCGAGCCACUUCAACCCCCUCAAGCCAAGCGAGCGUCAGACUGUUUCGGGGAAUGUGUCUUUUAAAAUUGAUUACACAGAUCAAUUUUGGUCCCAUGCUGACCUGGCCCUGCGAUCCAACAACCAGUGGAAAGAGAAUGCCUUUCUUUUCCAAUUUCGUAAAAUGGGGUGCUCUGGGAUACGUGAUCAGAUCCCCGAUUUCUUCCGCGUUCUGGCGAAGCACUCCGGAGCAUCGAUGGACCGCAGAGAACCUUGCGUCCUUCCAGCGGGGCAUUACAUCCUGAAGAAUGAGCCAGUGAACUGGACGUUCCCCAACUUCCCAGUCAUGCCGUAUGGGCGUUACCGGUUGCGCAUUCGCUCGCGCACCGCUCGCGACAGCCCCGUCACGCGCUUCUGCAUUCUAGUCGACUGCGAGGUUAUCCCUAAACCGUGAGGGCCACUCCGUAAAAAUCUGACGGAGACUGUCCGUUUCUUUUCUACGGAGAUAGCAGGGGUUUUCUCCGCAAAAACCUGGAAGUUGAGUCAAAAAAUGUC